UCUCAUUGUUCGUCGAUCGUCGCGUCAUGGAAAGAGUUACUGCGUUUGUGCUCAAAGUAAAGAAAUACUUUAUGAAAAACUCUUCACGGGCCUGUUGAAUCACACCUCGAAGGAGAUAAUACGAGCACACGGCGAUCUGAACUGGCUCUGUGGAUGAUAAAGAUGCUUUAGCUCUAACUUACUUAUUCGUUUGUUUGCGGAAUGCAAAGGAUGCGUUUAUUUCCCUUCUCUGUCUGGGAUUCUGGGAUAAUGUUUUCAUCUGGAAUUUAGUUCAGCCUGACUUGCGAAACAGAUGUUUUUGUUUAUGUUUUUAAAUAUAUUUGCAGCAUGCAUGAUGCUUGAAACUAUUUUAUAGUUAUUAUGAGAGACUGAACUGGAUGUGUUUGCCGGUGUCUCGGUUCUGCUGGACGGGAUUUGUGGAUUUAUCGGUUUAUUUUUUUUUAUUUUUUUUUUGCGGAUGAAGAGAAGUUUUGUGGAAUAAUGAAACGGCAUAAAUUAAGGGAAGUUGGAGAGUAACAACCUGACAGUGGACUUCCAACAUGUAAGACUUGAUUCCCAGUGAAACAUAAAAGAUUACUGUUGUCUUCUUUGUGGUCAGUAACUUUAAAAAUACUUUAUGUAUUUUUUUAUUUAUUUAUUUACCAUCAGCCUCAAAACUGUUAGUUUUGUCAAAGUACUAUGAUAACAUUAACAUAUAAGCAAACUUUUAAGUUAUCAAACAGCCCUGUUUUGGUUAGAUUUGAUCUCUGCAGUCUGAUAUGAGAUAAGGACCUUAUUUUGUGGGCCUUUUUUUUUUUUUUUUUUGCAUUUGGCUUGCAAAAUAUACAAAAAUGUCCCUGAGAGCCAAAGCCCUCUACACUUUCCAAAGUGAGAACAAGGAAGAGAUCAACAUCCAGGAGAAUGAGGAGCUGGUGAUUUUCGACGAGAACUCUGUGGACGGCUGGCUGCAGGGUGAGAACAGCCGAGGAGAACGAGGCCUGUUCCCCGCCUCGUACGUUCACAUCAUCCGGAACCGAUCCGGGUCCAACCUGACGGAUCAUUCCCUCAGCUCACCUGAAAGCUCUCCUGGUAGAGAUGUAUCGUACAUCCAUGCGCCUUCCACGACCCUGCCGAGCGACGACGAUGACGACUGGGACGACUGGGAUGAAACCUCGACGGUGGUUGAGGAUGAAGAUCCUCGGAGAGGUGUUGGCGCCAAUGGACAUUCCCAAAAUCCAUAUUCCAACCCCAACGUUCACUACCGGCCCAAGCCGUAUAUGGAGCGCCAGGACAGCAUGUCCAGCAAUAGAAAGGGCAGCAUGGUGGGCAGGAACUUGAACCGAUUCUCCAGCUUCGUGCGGUCAGGUGUGGAAGCCUUCAUACUUGGCGACGUUCCCAUGAUGGCAAAGAUCGCAGAGUCUUACUCUAUUGAAAUGGGCCCCCGGGGGCCUCAGUGGAAGGAGAACCCUCAGCCCUUCACUUGUUCCGUUGAAGACCCCACCAAACAGACGAAGUUUAAAGGCAUUAAGACGUACAUUUCGUACCGCGUCACCCCCAGUCACAAUGGCAGGCCGGUGUACCGCCGCUACAAGCACUUUGACUGGCUCUACAACAGACUACUGCACAAAUUCACAGUGAUUUCCAUUCCUCACCUUCCCGAGAAGCAGGCCACGGGACGAUUCGAGGAAGACUUUAUUGAGAAAAGGAAGAGGAGGCUUAUUUUGUGGAUGGACCACAUGACCAGCCACCCCGUGUUGUCUCAGUAUGAGGGUUUCGAACACUUCCUCAUGUGUGCAGAUGACAAACAGUGGAAGCUCGGGAAGAGGCGAGCGGAAAAGGACGAGAUGGUCGGAGCGCACUUCAUGCUCACCUUCCAGAUUCCCAACGAGCACCAGGACCUUCAGGACGUGGAGGAGCGCAUUGACUCCUUUAAGGUGUUCGCCAAAAAGAUGGACGACAGUGUGAUGCAGCUGACCCACGUCACAUCAGAGCUGGUCCGCAAACACCUCGGAGGCUUCCGGAAAGAAUUCCAGAGGCUGGGAAAUGCCUUCCAGUCCAUUAGCCAGUCGUUCCUGCUGGACCCUCCAUACAACUCGGACUCCCUGAGUAAUGCCAUCUCGCACACAGGCCGCACCUACGAGAACAUCGGGGAGAUGUUUGCAGAGCAACCUAAAUACGACCUGUUUCACAUGCUGGAUACACUGUCGCUCUACCAGGGCCUGCUGUCCAACUUUCCAGACAUCAUCCACCUGCAGAAAGGUGCUUUUGCUAAGGUGAAGGAGUCUCAGCGUAUGAGCGAUGAGGGGAAGAUGGACCAAGAGGAAGCGCAUGGCAUUCGUAAACGCUGCAGGACUGUGGGUUUCGCCCUGCAGGCCGAGAUGAACCACUUCCACCAGCGCAGGGAGGUGGACUUUAAAGAGAUGAUGCAGGCAUAUCUCCGCCAACAGAUCGCCUUCUACCAGCGUGUAGGUCAGCAGUUAGAGAGAACCCUUCGCAUGUACGAUAACCUCUAGAGCCUUUUGCCUCUGGACUGAAAUGGAGAUACAACACAUCUGUGGACAGAUACACAAGGGGGUUUUUUACUCCCAUAGUUGGAAUUUUCUAAUUCCAGACAGGAUUGUUUUGCAAGAGGAACAGGACAUUCUCGCUUCUGCACUUAAAAAUGUCACUUUUAACCCCAGAAACCAACAAAACAGUUGCCUUUGAUAGACUAUUCAUGCAUAUCUUCAUAUUUUGAAUUUUAUUUAAAUAUCUGAUAGAUCAAAGUUACACUUCUUUUCCAUAUUUUUUUUAUUCAAUACUUACAGAGUCAGGUGUGCGAAUGACGUUACCUGUGCUUUAGCAGAUGCUAACCAGACUCUGUCUGAUCAUGUGACGCAAGAUGUUUACAUAAUAGUUUGCCAAAAAACACAAUUAUUAGUUGUGAUACUGCCUUAUUCAGGCACACACAAAAAGUGUCAAAUGCUGAAUGUUGCAUUUUCUAUUUAUGGCUUGUUGAGUUGCUCCACCCACACUGAAAUCUCAUUGGUCCAAAAGCACAAAAAAAAAAAAAAAUUCAGUACAAAUAUCUAAUCACUUGAGAAUCAAAAUGAUGUAAGAAAACGAAGGAAAAAAAAUAGUUUUUGCCUAAAACAAGAAAAAAAAUUUUGCUAGUAAGGUAAGAAAAAUAGUAGUAUUCCACUUUUUUUCUUGCCUCAUCAACAGAUUAUUAUUAUUAGUAUUAUUUUUAAGCAAUAACUUUUGAUAUAUUUUUUAGAAAACAACUACUUUUGCUUUUCAGGUAAAUGCAUCAUGAUUCAAGAAUGUUUCGAUAUUAGUACUGAAAAACGACCAAAAUACUAAGCAAGAACAUCAUUUUGCCAUCAAAAUAACUUAAUAUUACAUUUAUUACUUGGUCUGAUUGUCUUGGAUUUGUUGUUUCGUGCAACAUAUCGCUUUCAAUGACAACAAAAAAAAUAUGAUUUGAUGCUUUAAAACAAAUUUGCUUGGAGUAGGUGAGCAAGAAAUAAACCCACAUAACAGGUUCAUAUGGCUUCUGCUCACAUCCAGGAAGUUUAAUCAAAUAAAAUGUUGUUCCAGCUCUCCUUCAGGUAGAAGAAGAUUCAUGCGGGUCUGAUGUGAUACCGUGAUCAGAUGUGACAGUCAUACAUAUGAUAGUCAUCAAUGAUUCAGAUGAAUAACACCAGGCUUCUUCCGCACCAUCAUUCGUGGUCCGGUACUAAUUUAUCCUAGUGCUAUUUAGACAUACCAUGUUUUUGUGAAUUCUUGGGCAGGAAUCUCCACCCACAGACUCUGUAUAUCAGAUGGAAACACUUCAGUAUUAAAUGUUUGUUCAGGGUGUUUCUAAAGCAAAAGGGAGCUCUUAUCCUCCUCCUCUCCUUUUUGUGUGCCCUCAGGAAAAACUUGAGAGGACUUUGAGCUUAUGUUAAUGGUUUUUGUUGUAAUUUCCUCAGAAGUAGGCUUUAUUUUUAGUUGUAGUCGCUAGGUUUAAGGGGUACAGAGGUUUGUGUAAAAUCUCAAGGCUGCAAUCUAAGUGGUUAAGAGUUGUGAUUUUAUUUUUAUUUUUUUACACAAUGCUUUUGGUUUAACUAUAAAACCUCUCAAGUUUCAGAUUAUGAACUUGGAUGUUAACUGUUUGCACACUUCGUCAACUGAGGACCAAAAUGUAAACUUUUAGGAUUACUGAUGUUUUUCUUUGUACAUGUGGAGCAGAUUUUCUUUAAUGGAAUAAGAACUAACUGACUUUUUAUCUCACAAUUCAGACUUUUUCAUGCAAUCAGGAAUUUAUAUCUCUCAAUUCUGACUUGUUAUAAACACACAGUUGUUAGUUAUAUAAACUUGCAUUUCUUAGAAAACAAAUUCAGAAAAGUUGAGAUAUUUUUUUUUUUUUUUUGGAUGGAAACAAAUAAGUCAGUAUUGUGAGAUUUAAACAUAAUUAUAGGGGGGAAAACUUGUAAAAAACUUGUAAUUCUAAGGAAAAUGUCAAAAUAUUUUUUUUUCCCGCUCAGAAUUGUAAGUUUUGUAUAAAAAGUCUCAAUUCCCUUAUUAAUAAUUUUAUUCUGUGGUGGAAACAGGCUUCCAUGGACUUUGUCUCAAACAAUGUAUCAAUAAAUAACAGUCAACAUGAAAUCAAAAUCAAA